UGUGUCUCCGGAGACAAAUCUACUUUCAGCUGCUAAACAGGCACGAGUUUGGGUGCCUCCUGUUCCUCUGUACAUCGGAGCUCCUCGGACCGAAACAGACAGACAGGUGCACUGUGACUCCACCACUGAAACAGACUCACGGGCUACACCUGCGCCUCUCUAAAGAACAACAACAGACAGACAGAUUUUCUUACUUUCUGAUUAGGAGAAUCGCGCUGUACUGCAACGAACUCUGUCAGCUACACACUGACAGGUGAGAAGAGAAGGGGGAAAGCAAUAAAUAUAAAAAAUGAAACUUGAAGUGUUCUCCGCAAGCCACUUCGUUCAGAAGCCUAUGGAGGUUUGCAGUCACAGUGAUGCGGAAGGUAGCGUCCCCUCUCCCCUAUCCGGGGACGAGCUGGGCUCAGACGGGGACUGCGUGGCCAACAGCCCGGCACCUGCUACCCCGAGCAGCAUCGAUGGCAAGGGAAAGCCCUACACCCGCAGACCCAAGCCGCCCUACUCCUACAUCGCACUCAUCGCCAUGGCCAUCCGGGACUCCGGCAGCGGCCGGUUGACUCUGGCCGAGAUCAACGACUACUUGAUGAAGAAGUUCCCGUUCUUCCGGGGCAGCUAUACCGGGUGGAGGAACUCGGUGCGCCACAACCUAUCGCUGAACGACUGUUUCCUCAAAGUGCUCCGGGACCCUUCCAGGCCAUGGGGCAAGGACAACUACUGGAUGCUGAACCCGCACAGCGAGUACACCUUCGCUGACGGGGUGUUCCGUCGCAGGAGGAAGCGCAUCACUAAGGGCCGGUCCGGUGGUUCCAAUAAGGACACCGAGACCUCUGACAUCCAGACGCCAGGCGAGGAGACUCGCAUCUCGGCCCCUGCUUCUGUUCCCUCCCGGGAGGAGAGGGUGAUGGGAGCCAAGUUCUCCAGCUCUUCCAGCUCCUUCUCCAUCGAUAGCAUCCUCAGCAAGCCCUUCAUACGUAGGGAGGACAGAGACCACACCGAUAGAGACAGUGCACAUGCCAACCCCGGUGCCCACCGGCUCUACUGGCCCGCGGGUUCUCACCACAUGCUGCCCUACACACUGGCCUACCCACCGCUACCCGCUGUUAUGGCACACGCACAUGCACAGCACUCUUACCACCAGGUCAGCGCCGGCGCGUCACACAUGUUGAACGUGUACAGGUGCAGCCUCGCUGAGCACGCAGAGCACACCAGGGACCCACUCACAGCUCUCCACAUGACGUCGCAGGGCCACAUGCCAAACUCCGAGGCUGCUUUCUCCCCUGUGAAAAUGCACACAGCGCGAGUUGGCAGCUGUCAUCCUUUCCAGAUAGAUUCAUUGCUCUCCUAAAGCCAACGUAACAGACGAUAAUGUAAUUAUGUAUCUUAAAUUUGCCAUGUGCACUUUCCUAUGCGCUCUACGUUUUUCGAAUGUCUUAAAAAAGUAAUUUCAGUGCAUUUAACUGUUUCUGAUUAUAACAAGUCGUUUAGUGGUGAUGAAUAACGUAAUGUGUUUUUGUUGUCAUGACUUUAUUUCUAUCUGGUUACUACUAGGACGAAGCAAAUGAGUUGCAAUCUGACAUGACUUUCCAUUGUGUGUGUGUGUGUGUGUGUGUGUGUGUGUGUGUGUGUGUGUGUGUGUGUGUGUGUGUGUGUGUGUGUGUGUGUGUGUGUGUGUGUGUGUGUGUGUGUGUGUGUGUGUGUGUGUGUGUGUGUGUGUGUGUGUGUGUGUGUGUGUGUGUUACGUGGUUCUUAGGUCAUUUCUAAUGUAAACGACGGCUAUCAUGUGCCGACGAUUUGAAAAAUAUAGUAAUAUGUAUGUGUUGAUGUAGUUUUGUAUGACUUGCUGAAAAAUAUUGUGUUUUAAAAUAUUUGUUGGAUUGUUGAUUACUCCAUGUAAGGAGGCUGCACAAAAAGAAAGGAAAUACACUGUCUGUUUUCCUAAACAUUGAUUCAUGCAUGGACAAUAUUUUUUAUGAGAGAAAAUAAAAACUCAUUGGGGAAAAAUUA